UGGCCCCGGGCCCAGAAGCGGGAGUCUAACCCCACCAGAGCGGGUCGGGAUAGUCUGCAGCCUCCCGGCCUCCGCUGCCUUUCGUGUAUGGGCGUGUGCGCGCGCAAAGAUUGCGCCCAGCGCUCGCUGCAAGAGGCAGAGACGGGCAGGACAGGGCAACUCCCCCCCGGUCUCAAAGCCGGAUAUAUAGUGUCAGUGGCUGGAAGAGGAGGAGGGAAGCGGUUUGGUGCCCUCCCCACCCCCGGUGCCUAGAGUUGCUUGUGAUCGGGAGGCGAGGGAAGCGUUCUGGAGUCGGGAAUUGAUCGGAAACGAUUCAACUGUACAUACAAUCGCCUGAAUAUACAUGCAUAGAAUUGGGAAUGCAAGUGGUGAAUAAUCACAAAAGGCUAGAUUCUUCCAUCCUUGCUCACAGAACCCCCUGCAGAAAGUCAGAAGGAGGACAGAGAGAGAGCGCACCAUGUCUUCAAUUGCAGCUUAUUACAAUGGAAAGACCGUACUCAUCACAGGAGCCACAGGUUUUAUGGGCAAAGUACUGAUGGAAAAGCUGCUGCGCUCCAGCCCUGAUGUGGAAGCUGUUUAUAUCCUCGUGAGGCCAAAGGCAGGACAAUCAAUGCAGGAGAGAGUGGCAAAUAUGGUGAAAUCUAAGGUCUUUGACAGAGUACGAGAAGAUUGCCCUAACUUCCAGGAGAAGAUUAAGCCCAUUAAUGCAGAACUCACUCAGCCAAAUCUGGCCAUCAGUGCCAAGGACUCACAGGAGCUCCUGUCCCAGGUCAAUGUUGUCUUCCACUGUGCAGCAACAGUUCGCUUUGAUGAGCCACUAAAACAUGCCCUGCUGCUGAAUGUCAUGGGCACACAACAGCUCUUACUGCUGGCCCGGCAGAUGCAGAAGCUCGAGGCCUUUAUCCACAUCUCUACUGCCUAUGCAAAUUGUAAUAAGAGAAAUAUAGAUGAAGUCAUCUACCCACCACCUGUUGAGACCAAGAAGCUCUGCGACUUAGUGGAGUGGCUGGAUGAAUCUAUCAUUCAAGAGAUCACACCUAAGCUGAUUGGGGACUGGCCCAAUACGUAUACAUACACCAAAGCCUUGGCAGAGUACCUGGUCCAGCAAGAGAAAGAGCACUUCAACAUUGCCAUCAUCAGGCCAUCCAUCGUGGGAGCCAGCUGGCAUGAGCCUUUCCCAGGUUGGAUUGACAACUUCAAUGGAGCAAGUGGAAUGAUUAUUGCGGCUGGUAAAGGGAUUCUGCAAACUCUCAAAGUCAAUAAUGAUGCAGUAGCAGAUCUGAUUCCAGUAGAUGUCGUCAUCAACCUCAUGCUAGCAGUUGGGUGGUACACUGGAGUUCACAGACCAAAAACAGUGAUGGUGUACAACUGUACAACAGGUGGAAUCAACCCUUUCUUCUGGGGAGAGAUAGGAUACCAUGUCAUGUCCACAUUCAAAAGGAACCCCCUUGAGCAGACCUUCAGAAUACCCAAGGCUCAGAUGACCUCAAACCACCUGAUAAACCAGUACUGGAUAACUGUCAGUCAUAAGGCUCCAGCCAUGCUCUAUGACUUCUACUUGAGAUUAACAGGAAGAAAGCCCAGGAUGAUGAAGAUCUUCAAUCGGCUGCACAAGUCUAUGAUGCUUCUGGAAUAUUUUACCUGUCAGUCCUGGGAGUGGUCUUCAGAAAAUAUGAACAUGUUAAUGACCCAGCUCAGUCCAGAGGACAGGAGAUUAUUCAACUUUGAUGUGCGUCAGCUGCAUUGGUCGGAAUACAUUGAAAAUUACUGCAUAGGCGCGAAGAAAUAUUUGCUGAAUGAGGACAUGUCUGGGAUUCCUGCAGCAAAACAGCACUUACGAAAGCUAAGGAACAUCCAGUAUGCAUUCAACACCACCCUCCUUGUGAUCAUCUGGCGCAUUUUCAUUGCAAGGUCGCAGAUGGCUCGCAACAUCUGGUACUUCGUUGUGAGCCUCUGCUAUAAGUUCCUUUCCUAUUUCAGGGCAUCAAGCACCCUCAGGCACUGAAAUAGUCAGUCAGCGGCCAAAAGGACCUUCCUCUCCUCUAAACAGCAUCUGUGGGCAUCUGGGCUUGAAAGUAGCAGGGAAUCCACCACCACCAACAGCUGCCUGCAGUCAUGUGUCCUGUUACUAUGACCACAAUUAUCUUGUUACUAACACUUUAAUAUGCAAUCUUUCUUCCAUAGGACCAUGCUAAUUUUAAAGCUAUAACUGAAGCUUUAGGCAUGGGUUAUUCUGAGUCUUUUGUCUAGAUUCUGGUGUGCAAGAGGAUGGAUUAACCAAAGCUGCCAUCUUUCCAUCCAAAGUCUAAGAGCUAGACACUCUCAUCCCCACCUCCCUCCUUAAUAGUUGCAAAUUUUAAAGGAAUAGAAAUUAGGAAAGGAAUAUGAUAAGAUAAGGAAAUAGAGAAAUAAAUCAGUGAGAGGUUUUCUUAAAUGCAAUUCACAAGUUUAGCUCAAUGAAACCAAUAGGGCCAAAUACCUUAUUAGAUUGUGAAACCACAUUUUCUAUGUCACUCAGACCUAAAGGAAGUAAGAAAAAGUAAACUGUGGAAGGCUGAUAAUGUAGUUUAGAUCUCUAUCUCAGGUUGCCAAGGACUGAUACUUUCAAGCUUUGAUUGAUGAGAUAUACAGAAGCCGUGUACAUUUUUUAUCAGCAUGAACACACACACAAGUGACUUUACUAGGGAGAAGCAUUAAUCUCUCUAUAAUUUGUCUUCCAUUAAAAAGCCCUCUUUUAUCACCACUAUAGCUUUUGCUUGGAAAAUUUAUGUGGCCUGAGAGGAGUUGUAUUUACUCUCAACAUGAAGGAGAAUGCUUGUUCAAACCUUGAAGAAAAUAAAGAUAUUUUUGACUCAGUCAUUUAAAAAAAAAGAUCACCGUGCUUUGAAAUUCUGAUUUUUGGCUAACAUUUAUUUUGUCUAGCUGAAAAACAGCUUGUUACUCCCCUUUCAAACUUUCCCUAUAGUUAAAUUCCCCUGAAAAUUCAUGCACCCACUUUGUUGAAGAAAGUGUAAUUAAGCAAAGUUAGUAACCGUGUUUUGUUAUGGAUCAUGCAUCCCGAUCUUGCUCCCAUUGCUGUCAGUCUGAGUAAUGGGCCCAGUCCUGUUUUCAGGGAUGACAAUAGACAUUUUUCAUUGACUUCUGUUGGAGAGGGAUUGCAUGUGAUAUAUAAAGAGCAUAGUGCUCUAUCAGUGUGCUGCAGCUUAGAAGGCAGACAAGGAGUUGCAACUAGGAUCCCAUUGAAAGGCUGAUUUUUUUGUACCAAAAAAAAUCCCCCACAUUAUUAAGCUUUCAGUUUUUAAAUGAUUAAGUCUCAUUGACAACUGGAACAUUUUCUUUACAUUUAGUGAAUUGAGUGAGCAUUUGUUAAGAUUAAAAGACUUUAAAAUGACUCCUUUUUAAAGUAUUUGCAAGUUUCCAAUUUGUCUAACUUUGUGCCUUCUGCCUCCCAAGCAAGUAACAUUGCAUCACAAAAUGUGAUACAAGAAGCAGUUUAAGGCCAAGAAUAGUCAAAUAUCUAUGAAGUGGCCAUUAUAUCAAAAUUAUACCUGCUUCUGACAGUGAAGGCAACAGAGGGGGAAAAAAAAUCAUGGCCAAAAGCAAUAUUUCUUUGAAAAAAUGAAAAGAACUAGUAAAGUUACCUCUUCUUCCCCAUCCUCUACAAGACCAUUUUCCAAAUAAGUAACAGAGUUUAAACACAUUGCCAAAAGGAGGCUUUUAGCAUAGACUUUAAGGUCAGAAGGGACCAUUAUGAUCAUCUAGUCUGACCUUCUGCACAAUGCAGGCCACAGAAUCUCACCCACCCAUUCCUGUAUCAAACCUGUGUAUGAGCCAUUGAAGUCCUCAAAUCAUGGUUUAAAGACUUCAAGGUGCAGUGAACCUUCCAGCAAGUGACCUGUGCCCCACACUGCAGAGGAAGGCGAAAACCCCCCCAAGGCUUCUGCCAAUCUGCCCUGGAGGAAAAUUCCUUCCCGACCCCAAGUAUGGCGAUCAGCUAAACCCUGAGCAUGUGGGAAAGACUUGCCAGCUGGACACCUAGGAAAGAAUUCUCUGUAGUAACUCAGAUCCUGCACCAUCUAACAUCCCAUCACAAGCCAUUGGGCAUAUUUACCGCUAGUAAUCUGGUGGAUCCCAGAAUAUAGACACUCCUCCCGCAGCUCUCUGAAAUGGUAAAACCACUUCUUUUCUCACUAGACCACAGUACCUCUCAUACAGAUUGCUUCAAGUCUCUGUACUUAAGUGUAAAAUGGGCUACUUUGUAAGGUGUGUUGAGGUCUUAGGAUGAAAAAGUGCUUUGUAAAAUGCAAAAAACUUUGUUACCCCACCUGAAACAACAUGGCUAAGAAAGACAGGGGUUCAGUGAGGUGUCUAGCAGGCAUUGCAUCCUACUGGCUUAGCUGCUGCUUGUGCAAUCAGGAGAUGUGGUUUUCUAGCCUUGGACUGGACAUGUCAUGUGCUAUGAGUCUUCAGCAGUGUUUGGAGUGAAGGUCAGGUGCACUGUACUUGUAUGCAUCACUAACAUAGCUACCUAAUGUAUGCGCCUAAAUUGUCAGGUCCACAUGGAAUGAGGCAAGGCUGUCUCUGCAGGAUGCAUUGUUAGUUAGACCUGCACCUAGGGUGACCAGAUGUCCCGAUUUUAUAGGGACAGUCCUGAUUUUUUGGGCUUUUUCUUAUAUAGGUGCCUAUUACCCUCCACCCCCAUCCUGAUUUUUCAUACUUGCUGUCUGGUCACCCUACCUGCACCACUCACUCUCUUAUUUUAAUAAUCAGGUGGUACAUUCAUCCCACUGAUUUAAAACACUAUCUUCAUUUACUUGCACACAGGAAAAAAUGAAAUGUUAAAAAUAAACAAAACCUGGGUCAUUCUGAAAACAAAAAACUUCACCAAAAAAGUCCAGUUAAGGAUGCUAAUUAGCACCAAUGAACUGACCAAGCACAUUUACAAAAUCCAAGCACUUAAAAAGAAAGAAACAAAUAGCUGUGGCAAUCUUAAAUCUUACUCUGCCUACAUAAACAAAGGAUCCAAUCCUACAAUCAGAUGCACCAGGUCAAACCUUUCAGCUCACAUGGAACUCCACUGAAAGCAGUGGGCUCUGAACAUAUCUGAUAUGAAAGAUCUACACAACACAUUAUUUUCAUAGAUUUUGAGUUAUAUAGAUCCCCACUAACCCCUUCCUUUGGCUAGACCUACUUGUGACUGGUCAUUUGCAUGUGCUAUGCCCACCCCAACCAGUCUGUCUCCCCAUGAAAACGUCAGGACCCUUGUACCUGCAUGAGAAUCAGGAUGCAGUAGUUUUCACUCAGGAGGCUAGUGGUACCAAGUUUAAGUUUUUCCAGGCACCUUAGUAUUUUGCCAAAUGCAACCAUAGGAGCAAAGUGAGCCCCUUCUUUCUCACCCUUGAAGAGCAGCAGAGCUUGUUGGGGAUAUUGCAAAUGCACAACUGUGACCACUUCUCAUUCCAAGUGGCAAACUGUAUUCUGGAGAGCUUUCGCUGUCUGCCCUGCCAUCCUCUCAGCCUCAUCCUUGUCUCUGAGAAACUCCAGCAUUGCCAGCAAAUAGGAAAGGCAACACAGGUCAGGAGCUGAGUGGAAAAUCAGGUUGCUAAUUUUGCUGAACGUGAGCUUAAGUAUGAUAAAAUGUACAUCUUUCAUCCUCUUUCGUGUGGCUCAAAACAUCUCCUGAUUGAGAUCGCUCUGUGGACCAAUCAAGGUCUCAUCAAGGACAACUCUGGCCAUAGUGUUCUGGUGCUUGUGUUGAUGAUCUGGUGGAAAUAUCACUGCAAGCCUGAGCUCAGUGAGAUUCUCUGGGCUCUUGAGAUCUUUACAACCUCACACCAAAGGUCUGUGGGACUUUUGCAAUGGUCUCCAAACACUGCGCUCAUCAACAUACAGCCACUCUUUCUCAGUGAACUCAAAGCCCUGGGGAAGUUCUCGCUAAAAAGGGAAACAGAUGCUUGCUUGGCCUUUCCCUCCUCCUCUGUUUGAUAAAAUGAAGCCAAAUCCAGUUUAGUUUUUUUUAUUUUAAAAAGUUGCAGUUUUAAAGAGGUCCUGUAGGAAAUCAUACUUUGGUUCAUAGGCAUUACACUUGCUGGGCAAAUAACUGAUUUUUCAGUUUAGUGGCAGUUUUGAAAAAAAAUUGGUUUGGGUCAAAGAAUGAAAUUUUUGCUGAAUUGAAAAAACCCACCUUGGGUCCCUUCCAAAGCAGGGAUUUAAACCACACACCAUGUGAGUGCCCCAACCACUUGGCUAAAGAUCAUAAGGGAGGGUGGCAAUAGCAGCAGCACCAUCACCUUCUCUUCCUGCCAUGGCCAAAAUUAUCAGUGGUCACAUCUGUGAAUAGGUUUGGGUUGAUCAAAGCUGCAUUUUUUGUUGAAUAACCUAUUAAUCAAAAAAAUUCCAUUCAGUGCGGAGUCAUAAGUAUACAUGACUGACCGGAGGGAAGGUUGCAGAGAUGGGCCCAUAGCAUCUUUAUGAGCGGAGGCCAGUUAGGCUAGAGAUUUUUUGCUGAGCCAGCAUGCUUAGUCCUGUGGAAAGAAGUGGCUUCACUUUCCUGUAUUAUCAUCUUGUUGACAGACGAAAUGCUGUUGACCAAUCACAGAGCUACAUCUAGCUUCCUUUUGCCAUGGGUGGGACUCAGCAGUAGCCUCGAAUCUUCCUUUCUCCUCUGCUGCCCUUUAUGGACAAGCAGCUUUGAGGACAGAGCUGGUGGCCACAUACUGUACAAUCAAGACAGUUUAUUUGCCAUAGCAUCACAAAACAGUGGACUUGUGUACCCAGUGGACUUACCAUGCAGUUACCACAUGAUAUUGUGACAGAAUACUGCAGAGUUGUCAUAGUUACUCGGGAAACUAACCUGUGAUGCACUGAACCUGAUGUACUCUUGUUUUAGUCAAUAUUAUACACGCAUACCAGGCUAUAGCUAUAAGCUGAGUGGUAUGUAGAAGCUAUGAAACACUGAAUAUCGUUUCAUUGUCAAAUGAUUUCUAUGUUAUAGGAAGUCUGUCAAACUGUUAGCUUUCAAAUAACAAAUUGUAUACUUUUUUAAAUUAAACUAAAUACCCCUGCUAAAAAAUUAAUCUGAACAUGCCAUUUGACUGACAAGUCAAUUUAUUUCCAGAGAAUUUUCUGCAAAAUGAGGUUUUUUUCCAAUACAUUUGCAGGAAAACUCGAUGACCAGGCCACAUUUCUUGGGGGCACUUUCGGUCAGCUUUUGCUGCUGCAUGAUGUUUUCAAGGUGACCUGGUGCACCUCUGUGUGUGGGGGUGAGUGUACAUAUCUGUAUGUAUAUUUAUACAUUUUCAGCACCAAUCAUCUCACACGACUUCCAGAAAUGUUGCAACCAUCUGAUCUUUUUGAAAGGCCAGGCUCUAACCAUUUAUUAUGUGCUUUUCUUCAUCAAGUUAAGAUGAUGUCAAAACCACCACCCUAAUUUUCUAAGUUUAAAAAAAAAACAGUACUGUUAAAUAAUCAGUCAUCGUUCAUGAAUCCUUAUGCAACUUGGAAAAGGGGGGGGCGCUUUGUUUUUAAAUAAAUUUCAGCUUCAUGAUUUAUAGUGUGUUGUUGCUACUCCUGCACUGAAGUUCUACUGCAGACAACAAGGAUGAACUUGUUGUUCAUCUGGACCUUGUAUUCUAGCGCAGAAUAGAUUAUAUAUUGUACAUUCCCAGCAAAUGUAUCAGUAAUGAUCUUGCUAAAUGGUGCUACACCUUGGUAAGAAGGUGGUUAAAAAACUUACUUAAGGGCAAAUAAAAAUGUGCAUAUUAGGAGUAAUUUAACAGACUUAAAGGUACUAUCCCAGUUUAUCAGUUACUAAAGAAAGAAAUCUUGAUUCUUUUUUCAACGAGUACCAUAGAAAAUGAAACUGCUUAUAUAUUGUUUCUUGAUCACUAUACAUAAUCUUGACAAAUAUUUUGCUAUAAAGGGGGUUCAUUUUAUUAUUGUCCCACUGCCCAAAGUUUAUAUGAUUAUAAUUGAUAUUGCUAUACACUUUUCCCUAUGAGACAAUUUACUGUUAUAAAUGUUACUUAUGAAGUUUCUAAUUCAAAAGUGUAAUGUUUUGAGCCCUCCAUGUCAAAGUUGUACGAUCACGGAAUACAAGAACCUCAGCCAUAAAAUUGCUAUUAUUAAUUAUGUUAUUUUAAACAUUUAAUAAAUAAAAUAUUUUAAAACAGUUA